AUGCCGGCCCUCCUGCUCCUCGGGACCCUCGUGCUCCUGGCCUCCACCGCCGGCCAGGCCGGGGCGCGCCCGUCCAACGCAACGAGCGCCGACCCCCCCGGCCCGCUGCCCGCCCUGUUAGCGCACCUGCGGCGCCUGACCGGGGCGCUGGCGGGCGGCGGGGGCGCGGCGGGCCCGGGCGCCAACGGCACCAGGACCAGCCCCGCAGGCGGCCCCGGCGCAGCAGCCCGGGCCCCGCCUCCUGCCGAGCUCUGCCAUGGCUACUACGAUGUCAUGGGCCAGUACGACGCCACCUUCAACUGCAGCACGGGCUCCUACCGCUUCUGCUGCGGAACCUGCCACUACCGCUUCUGCUGCGAGCACCGCCACAUGCGCCUGGCGCAGGCCUCCUGCUCCAACUACGACACGCCGCGAUGGGCCACGACGCCGCCGCCGCUGGCCGGGGGCGCGGGGGGCGCCGGGGGCGCGGGCGGGGGCCCAGGGCCAGGCCAGGCCGGGUGGCUGGAAGGGGGCCGUCCUGGGGGUGCGGGGGGACGAGGAGGCGAGGGCCCUGGAGGCAGCACCGCCUAUGUGGUGUGCGGGGUCAUCAGCUUCGCCCUGGCCGUGGGCGUCGGAGCCAAAGUGGCCUUCAGCAAGGCGUCCCGCGCGCCCAGGGCGCACCGCGAGAUCAACGUGCCCAGGGCCCUGGUGGACAUCCUGAGGCAUCAGGCGGGGCCUGGAACCCGUCCGGACCGGGCCCGAAGCAGCUCCCUGACCCCAGGGACUGGGGGUCCCGACAGCAUGCCCCCCCGGACGCCCAAGAACCUCUACAGCACAGUGAAGCCCCCCAACAUCGAGAAUCUGCACCACAACUACCUGCACCUCAGCGCCAACAGCCCCACGCACCGAGCCGCCAUGCUGGACUGGAGGGCCCUGCCACCACCCAGCCCCUCCCUGCACUACUCCACGCUAUCCUGCUCUCGCUCCUUCCACAACCUCUCGCACCUGCCCCCGUCCUAUGAGGCUGCUGUGAAGUCGGAACUGAACCGCUACUCCUCCCUGAAGAGGCUGGCCGAAAAGGACUUGGACGAGGCCUACCUGAAGCGCCGGCACCUGGCCGAGAUGCCCCGCGGGACGCUGCCCCUGCACGCGCUGCGGCGACCCGGCACUGGAGGCGGCUACCGCAUGGAGGGCUGGGGUGGCCCGGAGGAGCUGGGCCUGGCGCCCGCGCCCAACCCGCGGCGGGUCAUGUCCCAGGAGCACCUGCUGGGCGACGGGGGCCGGGCCUCGCGCUACGAGUUCACGCUGCCUCGCGCGCGCCUGGUGUCGCAGGAGCACCUGCUCCUCUCGUCGCCUGAGGCCCUGCGACAGAGCCGCGAGCACCUGCUGUCGCCCCCGCGCAGCCCAGCGCUGCCCCCCGAGUCGGCCCCCCGGGCCAGCCUGGCGGCCUCACACUCCAACCUGCUGCUGGGGCCCGGGGGGCCCCCGACGCCGCUGCACGGGCUGCCGCCCUCCGGCCUGCACGCCCACCACCACCACGCCCUGCACGGCUCGCCGCAGCCCGCCUGGAUGUCCGACGCCGGGGGCGGGGGCACGCUGGCCCGGAGGCCGCCCUUCCAACGCCAGGGCACCCUGGAGCAGCUGCAGUUCAUACCUGGCCACCACCUGCCCCAGCACCUGCGCACGGCCAGCAAGAACGAGGUGACUGUCUGAGGCCGGGCGGGGGCCCGCGGGCUGCGGCCUUCCAGGCCCCCUGCCCCAAGUCGGGAUCCACCGGCACAGGCUCACACACCCCAGGGUCCAGAGACCCAGAUGGGCCCUUGAACCCAGACCAAGCCUCCCGCCAGGAUGUCAAACGGCAGACAAGAUCCCUCCUCCUAUUAUGUCACUGAGUCAAUGCCUCCUUCCCAUGAUGUCAUCGCAGAGGAAGAGGCCUGCCCAUGAAGUCACUAGCAGAAAUGUCUGUGUUCUACGAUGUCACUAGCGGGACAAAAUCCCUUCCCAUGAGGUCCUCACAGAGGAAGAGGCCUGCCUACGAGGUCAUCACUAGAGGCCGCAUCUACUCUAUGACAUCACCACGGACUUUCUGUGAUCUCCCUGCAGAGGCAAGUCUCACCCUCUGAAGUCAUCCUGAGCUCCGAGGCCUCGCUGGCGUCAGUGUCGCGGGGAAAAUACUUUCCUUCUGGUUUUUGCUAUGGACAAGAUGCCUGUGUCCUAGGAUGUCAUUGCUACAGACAAAGCCAUCUCUCUGGGACACACUGCAGGAGAAAUGCCUGGCUGGUUGUGUCCUCACCAAAGGUAAGGCCUCCUCUCCACAACACUGUCACAGAACUCUGCCCCCUUCCUGGGAUGCUGUCACCAGAGAAGCUGCCCUGCCCUAUGAUGCCACCAGAGAGGCUGUGGCUGUUCCUGGGGGAUGCCAUCACCAGAGAUGACAACCUGCUCCUGUGACCUCUCCAGAAUGAGGCGCUUUGGCAAUGUCCCCACCAAACGCCACCCACGGGGGUGGUGAUGACACCAGGGGACACCUCACUGCUGUUGCCAUGUGUGAGAGGGCGAGGCGUGAUACUGAGCCAGGACCACCCUGGGGGAGUGCUAGAGAUAGCCCCUGUCCUGAGAUGCCACCUAAGUGUCACCACUCAGAGGCCACCCUCUGGGACCAGUCUCCGCCAGUGAGGACUGUGUGGCUGUCGGCUGUUGACAGUGACGCUCCACGUUUCCGCGUGAUCACCAAGAGCUUCCCCUCAGAGGCAGUGUCUGCUCGGAACACCCAUCACUGGUGACGGUGUCACCAGAGUUUCUGCCCCAUCCCACUACGACUUGGCUUGG